CUCAGUGAAGUCCGAGAAUUUAGUGAAGAUGUAGAAAAGACGGGAUAUUUCUUGGCGGCGUAUCCGCAGUUUUAACGGUCUACUAUAAGUUAUCUGUCCCAGAUUCGUCAUUGACGUGUAUUGUUAAGGUGGCAGCGAAGGGUGUCACAUUUGUCAGUCACAAGUAGGAUUCAUCACUGGGUCAGGUGUAUCGAGGACAGUCAAUUUGUUUUUAACAACAUCAUGUGAUGAAUUGUGCUUGUGCUAUUGAGCUAACAUAUCUGACAGAUAGGCAGCAUUGAUACACAUCCAUACAAGCAUACCAGGUCAGGAUUCAUUAUGGCUGAGGACUUGCGAAAACCCCUUCUCCGCUCGGCCAGCAUCAACGAUGGAGACAAUGUUGAGGGCCUCCCUAACUACUCAUCCAUCAAUGCAGUUGACGCUGUACAUGAAGAUGCAGUGACUUUCUCCAAUACUCGUAUUGCAACACCAAAAUUUAAUGAUAACAUCCUUGGCUCCAGUAAAGAUAUCCAAUCAAAUGAAGAAGUGACAAUUGAUAGUGAACUGAAAGUCAAACUGUACAAGAGAAGAUGGUAUAUACUGGCUAUAUAUUCGCUAUUUGCGGGAUCUCAAGGUCUUGUAUGGAACACAUGGGGUCCAAUCUCACAGUCAUGUGAGGAAGCAUUUGGAUGGAAAAAUGCAGAUAUCUCCUUGUUAACCAACUGGGGACCAAUAUCUUAUAUUGUGGCUGCAGUAUUUUUCUCCUGGAUGAUUGAUGUCAAAGGCUUGCGGUGGGCGUGCCUGUCCAGCAUGUUCCUUGUGGCAGCUGGUUGUGGACUCCGCAUCAUCACUUCAACGCCCCCACUGGUCACAUGGUUAGUCCAUGCUGGUCAGUUUCUAAACGGCCUGGGCGGGGUGGUGGCCAUGGGAGGGCCCCCUGCUCUCUCUGCCCACUGGUUCGCACCCAAUGAACGUACAACUGCCACCGCUGUGGGUUCUGUGCUAAAUGGCUUUGGCGUAGCAGUGUCGUUUAUCAUAGGACCUCUCCUUGUGCCGGAGAAAGCCCAACCUAACUGCACCAUUGGAAACCAGUCAGUGGCAUUUGGGGUAGACCUGCCAAACUACAACUUUAAUGAAUUUGAGCUGUUUGACAACAACAGCUGCAGCAAUGCAUCUAAAGCUGCAAGGGUCACUAAGGAGAGAAAGGACAUUAUGUUUCUACUGUAUAUAGAGUUUGGUUGGUCUAUGGCGGUGCUGCUAGCCAUGUUGCUGUACUUCCCCAAGAAACCAGCCAUUCCUCCAUGUGUCUCGGCCUCAAUGAAGAGAGAAAGUUUCCGCAAAGGACUGAUAGAAUUGAUGAAGAGAGGAGAUUUUUGGAUUGUGUGUUUUGUGUAUGGCCUGGCCCUGGGAGUGUGUAACGUUUGGACAGGCGUGAUUGACGUCAACCUGAAGCCCCAUGGAAUACACCAGAAAGAGGCUGGAUGGAUCGGCUUCUAUGGCACAGUUUCUGGAUGUUUAGGAUCAUUAAUUAUGGCAAGAUUUGCGGACAUAUUUUCCAAACACAUGAAGUGGAUCAUCCUAAUUUUGUACAUGUUAGGAGGAGGAUUCUUCGUGUGGUUUGCACUGAUAUGUCAGGGAAUAGCACCAUCCUCUACAGCGAUGCUGUAUGUGGCUGUGAUAGGAGGGGUGACCACCCUCAACUCAGCAGUGCCCCUCUUGUUUGAGAUGUCAUGUGAACUGACAUACCCUAUAGGGGAAGGGACAACUAACGGGAUCCUCACACUGAUGAACAACAUUGGAGGCCUGGUGUUUCUCUUUGUCCUGAUGGCGCCCAGUAUAGGUACAAUGUGGAUGAACUGGACCAUCAUUGGUGUCAUCGGCGUCUGUGUUCCGGUUCUGUUCUUGCUCAAAGACACCUACAACAGGCUGGAGCUUGAUGAGGCCAACACUGAAGCCUCGUAGCAUGGAGGGAAGGUAGUCAACUCAGGGAACUUAUCAACAACUGUUGAUGGCAUUUGUAUCCAGUUAGCCAGUUAACAUGUGUAACAAAAUCUUUCCCUGUGAGUCCUGUCCGAACUGCUUCACAUGCGAGGGAGUGUUUCUGUAAAGCUCUUCUGUCAAGUGGAUCAUCCGGAUCCAGAACCAGAUCAGUGAAGGCAGGCUUGACUAUGGAUGUCAACUUCUUUGUUGUUUUGAUACAGAUGCUCGUACCGUUGUCAAGCAAUAUAAGUUUUUGAGCAAUUGAGUUUUUACUGUAGGGUUUCUAUUUUAAUUGGGUUAUUACAUUUUUCAUUGGGUAACCAAUAUUUUUCUCUCAUCUAUUUAUCACUCUUUUGUGUUUUUCACAAAAUUAGUGAACAUCUUGAUAUGAUGUUUUAGAUGUAUAUAACUGUUCUAAAUAUACAGGCUUGUAUUAGCUCGUAAUUGUGUUUCAGAAAUAAGCU